AACAGGGAUGCCAAAGGAAAAAUAUGAUCCUCCAGAUCCUCGCAGAAUUUACACCAUCAUGUCAGCAGAGGAGGUAGCCAAUGGGAAGAAGUCUCACUGGGCAGAAUUAGAAAUCUCGGGUAGAGUGCGGUACUUAAGUACGUCACUUUGGUCACUGACUCACUUGACUGCUCUACACCUCAAUGACAAUAAUCUUGUUCGCAUUCCACCUGAUAUUGCCAAGCUCCAUAAUCUGGUUUACCUGGAUCUAUCAUCCAACAAACUCAGAAGUUUACCAGCAGAACUAGGAAACAUGGUAUCUCUCAGGGAAUUGCUUUUAAAUAACAAUCUGUUACGGGUUUUGCCUUAUGAACUUGGACGGCUCUUCCAGCUACAAACCCUAGGUUUGAAAGGCAAUCCUUUAUCACAGGAUAUUCUCAGCCUGUACCAGGACCCAGAUGGAACACGAAAGCUACUGAACUACAUGCUUGACAAUCUAGCAGUUCAUCCAGAGCAGCUGCCUUCAAGGCCGUGGAUUACUUUAAAAGAACGAGACCAAAUUCUGCCCUCAGCUUCAUUCACAGUUAUGUGUUACAAUGUGUUAUGUGAUAAAUAUGCCACCCGGCAGCUAUAUGGCUACUGCCCGUCCUGGGCAUUAAAUUGGGAGUAUAGAAAAAAGGGAAUCAUGGAAGAAAUCGUGAACUGGGAUGCAGAUAUCAUUAGUCUUCAGGAAGUGGAAACAGAGCAAUACUUCACCCUCUUUCUGCCAGCAUUAAAAGAGCGUGGAUAUGAUGGAUUUUUUUCUCCAAAGUCACGUGCCAAAAUCAUGUCUGAGCAGGAGAGAAAGCAUGUGGAUGGCUGUGCAAUAUUCUUCAAAACUGAAAAAUUUACAUUGGUGCAGAAGCACACAGUGGAGUUUAACCAGGUGGCAAUGGCUAACUCUGAAGGAUCAGAAGCUAUGUUAAACAGAGUGAUGACAAAGGACAACAUUGGAGUUGCUGUGGUGUUAGAGGUGCACAAAGAAUUAUUUGGAGCAGGUAUGAAGCCGCUUCAUGCCGUGGACAAACAGCUGCUUAUUGUGGCAAAUGCCCACAUGCAUUGGGACCCUGAAUACUCAGAUGUAAAACUCAUUCAGACUAUGAUGUUUGUCUCAGAACUGAAAAAUGUCCUUGAGAAAGCCUCCAUCAGGCCUGGCAGUCCAACAGCAGAUCCUAAUUCUAUCCCUCUGGUGCUGUGCGCGGAUCUUAACUCACUGCCCGAUUCAGGUGUUGUGGAGUACUUAAGCAAUGGCAUAGUAGCUGACAACCAUAAGGACUUCAAAGAGCUGCGUUACAAUGAGUGUCUCAUGAACUUCAGCGGCAGUGGAAAAAAUGGGGCUUCUGAAGGAAGAAUCACGCAUGGCUUCCAGCUCAAGAGCGCCUAUGAAAACAACUUGAUGCCUUACACCAAUUACACCUUUGAUUUCAAAGGUGUGAUUGACUACAUUUUCUAUUCCAACACUCAUAUGAACGUGCUUGGUGUCCUGGGGCCUUUAGAUCCUCAGUGGCUGGUUGAGAACAACAUCACUGGGUGUCCACACCCUCACAUCCCUUCAGACCACUUCUCACUGUUAACACAGCUCGAACUCCAUCCUCCGCUCCUGCCUCUUGUCAACGGUGUACACUUACCUAACAGGAGGUAGUGGAGCCCUGCCCCUUUGAGGGCUGGGACCUGUUGUUAUGGACCUGUACAGUUGUAAAUCAAAGUAUGUAGGAGUGAAGUAUGGCCAACCUUGAGCUGCUUCUUCAAGCUCCUUUCAUUGUGUGUUUUGAUAUGAGAUUUUGCACAUUUUGGUGCAUGUUGGUAUCAUUUGGCACUAGGGCUGGAACCAAAGUAUUAUUCCCUUUCCAGGAUUUUAAUUUAAUUUUUAAACUGGUCAGCUUAUUGUUUCAUUAGGAAGCUGUGUUUGUAAAAUGGGCAAAUCCGAUUCACAACUUGCAUCGUAAUCUAUUUAAAAUGAAUGCUUUCUUCCAAAUCACAGCACAACAAACCCUCCUUUUUUUAAAAAGAAAAAAUAGACUGAUAAGUACAACACUUCAAUCUGUUUCAGUUGUAAGGGAGAAUAAUUAGAAAUACUAUUUUACUGAACUCAAAAUGGAGAUCUGGGUUCUGCAUCCAAAAUUAAUUUUGCACAUUAGCAAAGCACUUAAUAUUUAACUGUAAAUUAUUAACAGUAUAACCCUCCCCCCACAUCUAGCUAAUACUGGAAAACCAAAAAUGGUUGCAUAUACAUAUUGAAGGGCUAAAUCAUCUCCUGGUGCAACUCCAUUGACUACAAUGGAAUUAUGCCAUCAGAGAAUUUGGACCUGAGCAUUUAAUGCCACAUAGAACUCUUGGUUGGCGGACAACAUGGUGGUAACUUUCUUGGAGCUCUUUUUUUGGUUAAGAAAUUCAGGAAUUCAAACGGAUGGCCUGUUUUGAGAGGUCUAACUGAGAAAUCUCCCUACUUUGACAAACCAUGAUGGGAAACUUCUGCAAUGUAGGUUGGGAACAGGAU